AUGGGCCCCGAGCUGCCCGCACCUUGGCUGCUGCUCUUCACCUGCUUCCCAGCAGGGUGUGUGUCCUUGCUGGUGACAGUCCAGCACACGGAGCGCUAUGUCACCCUGUUUGCCUCCGUCGUUCUCAAAUGUGACUACACCACCUCUGCCCAGCUCCAAGAUGUGGUGGUGACGUGGCGCUUCAAGUCCUUCUGCAAGGACCCCAUCUUUGAUUACUACUCUGCAUCAUACCAGGCGGCUUUAUCCCUGGGCCAGGACCCAUCCAAUGACUGCAAUGACAGCCAGCGGGAGGUUCGCAUCGUGGCCCAGAGGCGGGGGCAGAACGAGCCUGUGCUGGGGGUGGAUUACCGGCAGCGCAAGAUCACCAUCCAGAACCGAGCAGAUCUUGUGAUUAAUGAAGUGAUGUGGUGGGACCAUGGAGUGUAUUAUUGCACCAUUGAGGCUCCAGGGGACACGUCAGGAGACCCAGAUAAGGAAGUGAAGCUCAUUGUCCUGCACUGGCUGACAGUGAUCUUCAUCAUCCUGGGAGCCCUCCUCCUGCUCCUGCUGAUUGGAGUGUGCUGGUGCCAGUGCUGUCCUCAGUACUGCUGCUGCUACCUCCGCUGCCCCUGCUGUCCCACCCGCUGCUGCUGCCCCGAGGAAGCCCUGGCCCACCACCGCAACACGAAGCAGGCUCAGGCCCUAGGCCCUCAGAUGAUCGAAAAACCCCUGUACUGGGGGGCGGACAGGAGCUCCCAGUUUUCAUCUUAUCCAAUGAAUCCACUGCUGCAGCGAGAUUUGUCCCUGCGAUCCAGCCUCCCAGAGGUGCCAUUGACCCAGACCACCACUCACCCUCCCAUCACCAACGGUGUCCUAGAGUAUUUGGAGAAAGAGCUGCGGAACCUCAACCCAGCCCAGCCUCUGCCGGCUGACCUCCAAGGCAGAUCUGUCCAUCCCCGCAGCAUGCUGUCCUCCCUGGGCUCCGAGAUCGUGGAACGCAGAAUCAUCCACCUGCCUGCGUUGGUCAGAGACCUGCCCUCUCUGCAGAGGACCAGCAACUCCUCCCGCCAGCAGUGGCUCCCCCCGCCUCCCCCCGGACCCUGGGAUCUGAGGGAGGGGAGAAGGCAACACCGCUACUCUGAUUUCCAGCAGGAGCACCGGGACCGGGAGCCUCAGCGCUGGGCGUUGGAGCAGAGGGAGCUGGGCCGACUGCGGAGCGGGAGGCACCGCGGCUCCAGGCAGCGCGGCUCACCCACGCCCUGGUCAGAUAGGGACAGCCUCAGCGACGGCCCCUCGUCCAGCGAGGCCCGCUGGCCGCCCAACCGCCCCCCUCUCCGGAGCCGCUUCCUAGAGAGAGCCCGCGGGCCCAGCCCCCGGGGCAGCGCCCAGGGACACCAGAGGCGCCGGCACCGCAGCUACUCCCCUCCCCUGCCCUCCGGCCUCAGUUCCUGGAGCUCCGAGGAGGAGGAGGAGAAGGAGAGGCAGCCCCGGAAUUGGGGGCCCCGCCGCCGCCGCUGCCGCUCGCGCUCCCCAAACUGGCCUGAGGAGAAGCCACCCAGCUACCGCUCGCUGGAUGUCACCCCAGGCAAGAAUGGCAGGAAAAAAGGGAGUGUGGAGAGGCGCUCGGUGAGCCUGGGGCUUCCUGCUGAGGGUCGGGCGUGGGCAGAAAGGACCCUUCAGCCAGGCUGA